UGUGCAGGCCAGCGGCGGGCGUGAGGUAGUCGGAGACUCCUUCUUCGGCAACGUCGUCUCGGCAUCCCACAUGGCGCGGUCCUCGCGGGACUGCACGAACCCGUCGCCGGCGGUCCAGCUCGCCGUGGCCGCGUGGCUGUGGCUGCUCCUGUCGGCCAGUGGCGUGCUGGCGGACGGCGGCAAAGGCACGGUGUGCCUGUGCAUGGGCCCGCAGUGCGUGCCGCCGUGCCCUGUCCCUGGGACGCCGACGCCGACGAUGUCGCCUACGCAGUUCCCCUUCUGCCCGCAGCGGCCGCCGGCGGUCGUUCCCUCCCCCCUGCGCAGCGAGCCGGAGAUCCCCGCCACCCCGAGGAAGGUGGAGCAGCCGCGCUUCAGAUCCAGCCGCCGGAGUAAAAAUUAAAUCUUGAAAAGGGAGAGGCGACGGCGUAUGGCAACAUGGAAAGGCGGCGACGACGCGAGAGGGAGAGGCGGAGGCGCUGCGUGCGGGGUAGAGGCGCCGGCGACGCGUGCGACGGAGAGGCGCCGGCUGCGGUGAGCUAGGGGUUCGGGAGCCAGCGAGCGAGUGGCUGAGCUGAGCGAGAGAGGGAGUGGGAGGGUAGUUUCGGAAAUGACAGAAAUGUCGUAACGCGAUGGAAAUUGCACUAGAAACUCCCAACGACAACUAUUUCGGAACAGAGGGAGUAACUAAAAAAGAGUUGCUAAUAGGCUAUCUACUUCAAGGCUACUCAUGCACUGAUUAUGUAGAAUGUACUCUUGUUAAUUAAACGACAGAACUACAUUUAGCUUGGCAUGUGAAUAAUAUCCUACGCAACUAAAUAACACAGUGCACUACUCUGAGAGGGCGCAGCGCAUCUAGAAGAAGUUCUCUCCCAAAUAAUUAUACUCGAACAAACGGAUAUUAGUAAUUCUAAUUGCAAGAAGUACACCCACAUUGUUUGGGCUUCUGAAUAAAUCAUCCCCAAAGAAUAUCUUGUUGUGGGGUGUUUUGUCAGGGAAUGCUUUAUUUGCAUUAAAAUAAAUAGCCUGUAGGACAUAGGAAUAUAUGUGCGUGUAACUUCAGCCAAUCAACUGAGCAGAAUUAGAGCCUCUCAGUCUGAAGGAACCAAACAAAAUCCAUUAAAUUUCCAACCACCGCAUCAAACUCGUACAAUAGAAGAACAAAUUAAUUUUACCAAAAAUACCUAAGAGUUUAUCACCUCUGUUGUGACUUCGGGGAGCGCAUCACAUGUAACCAGUAAAUCCAAAAAAAUGACCGUACGUUGGAACGGGGGAAUGCCACAAUCAACUCAUUAAAGCCGUCUUUAUUUAUUUUCUCAGAGACUCGUCAGAAUGCACAAACAUAUCAAAGGAAAGAACUUAAGUCUCUUCAAAAUAAGAAGCAUCAUCCAUGUACUAGUGCAGAACCGGGCAAUAGCACCGGUUCGUAAGGCCCUUUAGUGCCGGUUCGG